AUGUCGGACAGUGAAACUACAUCCGCUGCGGCGAAGAAGCCGGCACGACCAAAACCUAGCCAUCCAACGUAUUUGGUGAUGGCGAAGGAGGCAAUAACAGCCCUAGCUGACCGUAAGGGAGCGACCGUGCAGGCCAUCGUAACCUACAUUAGCGGGACGUACAACUUGGAGACGGAUACGGUCCGACAACGCCUCAAGCCCGCGCUCGCGAGGGGAAUGGAGGAGGGCUACCUCGUGCGACCCAAGGACUCUGACGCCAAGGGAUUUACUGGUCGCUUCCGGCUCGAUAAGACUAAGCUGGCAGAGGAAGAAAAGGCCAAAAAACAAAAGGAAAAGCUUCAAGCCGCAAAGGAGAAAAAAGAAGAGGCAAAACCCAAGGCAAAGGCUACAGUGGCCAAGAAGUCUCCGAAGAAGAAAGCAGAUGGAAAGGCAGUCAAGACAAAGGCUGCUGCAUCCAAAGCUAAGAAGACACCAGUCAAAGGGAAGAAAGCUGCGGCAAAGCCCAAGGUCACCAAGAAACCAAUUGCAGCAAAGGCCACUCUGAAGACACCACUGAAAACGCCGAAAAAGCUGAAAACUGCCGCCUCGUCCAAGCGAAGGAGUCAAUAACCGGCAGAUAUUAACUUUCAGUACUCUUGAGUUUAGUUCUUAGUCAUAAUUUUCAAAGUGCUUAUAUUACUUUUCUUUACGAACAUUGGUGCGUACAUGUAUUACAUUUAAAGUUAACACUUCU